GGAGAGGAGGAGGCUGGCCAAACAGUCACAGCACCCUCUGGAACGAGCUGCUUCCAGCCAGUCCACUGGCCAAGAUGACUACUCCACUCACACAGGUAACAGGCUGCAGCAGGAGCAAGGAGGUGAAGGAAGGAGCCGGUACAGGACAGGUCGUCUGAUGGCUCUCAGUCGUCGUGGAUACACUGCCGGACCAGUGGAUCGGUCUGAUGACGACUCCUUCCCUCCUCAAUUUUCUCUCCACAAUCUUAACCAUCCGAGCUCCGUAGAAACUGUCGCCACAGAUCCCUGGAUGCGGCCAGGAACAUCGGACACACAUAAAUGUUCGGACCGUCCAUCAAGGAGGGAGUGGUUGGCAACAUAGGACCGACCCUGUUGCUCAAACCUGAGAGGUUCCUCGUACUUUUGGAAGUUCUCUGAAUUUUCUCGAAUUCAGCGGCGAAGGGUGCUUUGGCAAAGUUGCUAAAGGUGUGAAUUUAAUCACAGCACAGGACGUGGCCCUCAAGAUCUUGAAAACCAAAGGAACCGCUAAAAGAGAGAUCAAAAUGCUUGAAGCAGUGAGCGUGCUUGACCCAGCCAUGAAAAAUGUGGUUCAUUUCUUUGAGCAGUUUCAACACAAAGGACAUACCUGUCUAGUGUUUGAAAUGCUGGACAGGAGUCUUUUACAACUGCUCAGCGAACAGCAAGGGACGCCACUCUCUCUCCAUGAGAUACGGCCAAUAACCCACCAGUUGCUGAUGGCCUUGGAUGCGCUGAAGGGCAUUGGUGUGGUUCACUCAGACCUGAAGCCAGACAAUAUAAUGCUGGCAAACCAUCUGAGUGAGCCCUUCAGAAUAAAACUCAUAGAUUUUGGCGUGUCAUUCAGUGUCCGAGAAGAGGUAUUUGGGAAGACAAUUCAGCCUCUGGGUUACAGGGCACCUGAAGUCACCCUGGGCCUCCCCUUCUCCGAGGCCAUAGACGCUUGGAGUCUAGGCUGUGUGCUCGGGGUCUUGUACCUCUGCAAACACCUGUUUGCAAUAGACUGCGAGUACCAGUCAAUGAGGGGCAUUGUAGACGUCCUGGGCCAGCCAGCUGACCACCUUCUCUGUGCUGGGAAAUGCACCCAAAAUUUUUUCAAGGUGGAAAAGCACUUGGACAGCCCAAGAUGGUGGAUGAAGACCCCAAGGGAAUACCAGCUUGACACUGGAAUUGAGCCGAAACAUGGGACACAACAAUCAGAACACAACCCAGACACACGGGAAUCCAUUGAGCUGGAGGAUCAGAGAGCCUUUGUCAGCCUCCUGACAUGCCUUCUAGAUACAGACCCAGAGAAGAGAAUCACUCCGGGGAAGGCUCUCGAUCACCCCUUUGUAACAAUGGUCCAUCUGGAAGAUGAAAUAGACACCAGCUUUUAUGUUGAAGAUUCUUUAGCGAAAAUGAGGAUCUUACCAAUGGACAACAUGGACCUAUUUCUUGACAGUGCGGCCGAGGAAGAGCCUUCGGCCAUACCUCAUCAUACAGACACAGGCUCAGUCCUUCCUGGCUCCUGUGAUGGCAUUAAAAACAUGCCUCAGUCUUCUGAAGGAGCAGAAGCUGCUGCAGGAAUAGACACUACUGGCUCGGCUAUAAAGGAACCAUCUGUUAGCCAAGGUGCAACCAGUCCAGCUGAGGAUACAUCGGCCAGUGGCGGGUCACCCGAUGAGUCUGCCUCCUAA